AACCUCAAAAAACAAUGAGUUGAAUGUACCCAAACUUUUUAUUUAUCAAAUUUGCUGAUUCUUUACAUACUCAUAAUGUCUGAUGUAGAAGAUAAUCCUCCAGAAGAAAAGCCCUUUGCUGCUGACAUAGCAAAACAAGGCAGAGCAGUCUGUAAAAAAUGUAAACAAAAAUGCUUACAAGGAGAGCUACGAUUAGCCAAGUUGAUCUAUAAUCCUUUUGGAACUGGUAAAAUGAAAGCUUGGCAUCAUAUCAAUUGCCUUUUUGAAUCAUUUCUGAAGCAAAGGCAGACAACAAAACGCUUAGAAAGUCCUGAUGAAAUUGAAGGAUGGGAUGCCCUUUGUGAAGACGAUCAGAGUAUGAUAUUAGAUAAAAUCAAGGACUGUGAUGAUUUUUUUCAUAAAAAAUUCGGUACAAAACCCACUACACCCAAAAAACAGUCUAAGGAAGUACCAUUGAAGGGAAGUCAUGAAAAGGACAAAACAGGCAAAAACAAGGAUGUAUCCAAUAAUACCAAUGUGAAUAGUGAUGAAUCACCAAACAGAACCCAUAAAAUGUCUAAAGAUCAUUAUUUCAAGCAGUUCAGGAGGCUAGUUGCUGAUAUUACAAAUAAUACCAGUUAUUUAGAUAAAACCAGUUGUGUGAAAAAACUUUUCACUGAAGGAUCUGAUGGUAAUGGUUUCAAAGAUGAUAUAGUCCUCUGGUGCAAACUACUACUGCCAGGUGUAGUUAAAAGGGUCUAUAAUCUACAGAGUAAGCAGUUAAUCAAAUUGUUCAGUAAACUAUUUGUAGCUGACCAAAAUGAAAUGUUAGAACACCUAGAACAAGGGGACAUUGGUGAAACAAUCCAAAAAUUUUUUGAGGAAAGUCUGAAAGCCAAACCAGCAAAAAAAGCAACAUUAACUGUGAAAGAAGUAGACCAUUUUCUCAAUAAGCUCUGUAAACUGACAAAAGAAGAUGAGCAACAAGAACAUUUCAAAUCAUUUAUUCCUAAGUGUACUUCUAAUGAUUUGAAAACUGUCAUAAGAUUGAUAAAAGGUGAUUUGAGGAUGGGGGCAGGUGCAAAACAUGUCUUGGAAGGUGUGCAUCCUGAUGCAUAUCAAGCAUAUCAGGCUUCCAGAGAUUUAGACACAGUUAUAACAAAAUGUUUGGAUAAACCAUCAGAUAUGAGUAAUAGCAAGAAGGUCAAGAAAAAUGGUAGUGCUGAAAUCACUGUGAUGACACCAGUUUUACCAAUGUUGGCUGAAGCAUGUAAAUCUGUUGAACAAGCUAUGAAAAAAUACCCAAAUGGCAUGUAUUCUGAGAUAAAAUAUGAUGGUGAGAGAGUACAGGUACACAAACAUGGUUCAGAAUUUAAAUACUUUUCAAGAUCACUGAAACCAGUAAUGCCACACAAAAUUCAACACUUCAAGGAUUUUAUUCCCAAAGCUUUUCCACAUGCUGAAGAUUUGAUUCUAGAUAGUGAGAUACUUAUGAUAGACACCCAAACUGGCAAACCUUUGCCAUUUGGUACUCUUGGAGUUCACAAAAAAGCAGAAUUUAAAGAUGCAAAUGUAUGCCUAUUUGUUUUUGAUUGCAUAUUCUAUAAUGGAGAGAAUUUGUCAAACAAGCCAUUGAACUAUAGGAAAAAAGUGUUGCAUGAAAAUAUGAUUGAAAUUGAGAAUCAUAUUGUUUUUUCUGAGAAAGAAGAAAUUCAUCAACCAGAAGACCUGUCAAGAAUGAUUGCUAAAGUUCUCCAACUUGGCUUAGAAGGCUUGGUUUUGAAGGAUCUGAAGAGUAUUUAUGAACCUGGCAAACGUCACUGGCUAAAAGUCAAGAAAGAUUACUUAUUUGGUGGAGCAAUGGCAGAUAGUGCUGAUUUGAUUGUAUUAGGUGCAUGGUAUGGAACAGGCAAAAAAGGUGGUAUGAUGUCUGUUUUCUUAAUGGGGUGUUCCAACCCCAAAACUGGAAGAUUCUGUACUGUCACUAAAGUCCACACAGGUCAUGAUGAUAAGACAUUAGAGAAGCUCCAGAAAGAACUUGAUAUGGUCAAAAUUGGCCAGGACAUGGCAAAAGUUCCAAGUUGGCUGGUUUGCACAAAAACUAUGGUUCCUGAUUUUGUAGCUAGAGAUCCAAAAAAUCAACCUAUUUGGGAGAUAACUGGAGCAGAGUUCACUCAACAUGAUGUUCACACUGCAGAUGGCAUAUCCAUUAGAUUUCCAAGGGUCACAAAGAUAAGGGAUGACAAAAACUGGGAGACUGCCACAAGUCUUCCUGAACUACAGAAACUUUAUAAGACAUCCAAAGAACAUACGGAUGUUAGUUUAUUGAUGAAAGGUCUCAAUACAAGCAAAGUGGAAGAUAGAAAGAGAUCAAGUGAAUUCAAUUCUUCAGGAGAGACCCCUCCAAAAAAGAAAAUAAAAGAUAAUGAUGUACGGGAGCCCAAAACUUCAAGAAAGAGAAAUAAACAUGGUCAUGAUAAUGGGACAACCACUAUGAAGGAAGAGGAAUUGAAGGAUCAAGAUGAUAUUGAUAUAAAGGAUGCCACAUGCCUUUCAACAAAUAAAAUUGAAAAUAAUGAAGACAUUGGGAUUGAAAAUAAGAAAAACAUUUCUGUACUAUUCUAUGGAAUCAAAGUUCUACUUGAAGAUAAACUAAGAAAACAGAAACAUUUUGAUAUUGUCAGUUAUAUCACAGACAAUGGAGGUGAAAUUUUGACAAUGGAUGAAUGGAGGAGUGCCACCCAUGUCUUACACUAUAACAAGGUUAUUCAGAAACCAGAGUUGAAGAGUCCUUACUCUGCCAAACAUUUGGCCUAUAAGUGGGUGGAAGACUCUGUGGAAGAAGGAAUUUUGAAGGACUAUAGAGAGUAUACAGUGCACUGGGAUCCUGACUCUUAAUAUUAUCUAUGCAAAGGCCUUUAUUAUAUACAGGCAAUUGCAGUGUUGCCGCUUCUACUAGAUAUUCACUGAUAUCCUGUGAGCUAAUGAAUUCUAAGAAUAUGAUCUUGACUAGGUUAUUAUACUGUUCUCGAAUGAAAUCAUAAUCUCAAAUAUUCCCAAUAAAAUUAUAGUUUCCAUCCAUUCUUGACCAUAUUAAUUUAAACUUUUGUAGAUAUGCUUACACUGUGACAUUUCUUAUAGUAGGUAGUCCAGUUAUUGUUUGUGUCAAUAUAUUUUACCUUAUUUUGAAAGUAAUGAUGGUAGGUACCUUCUUAUAUUUUAUAUAUAUAUACUUUGUGUGAAUAAGUUGGUGAUUUGUGAUAUAUUUUAUGCAUAAUUCUUAAGUCUGUAUACAUAUAAUGAUAUAAAUGAUAAUAUAUUUUUCAAAAGUAA